ACAAAAAUUGGUAAAUUGGUGUAGAUUAGCGCAGAUGAAGGAACGUGUUGUAAUUUGUAUGAGAACGAUUUUAUAUAACAGAUAUAAGACAUGGUGAUAAUAGCGAGAGUGGUUUGCUACAAAUUGUUCAAAAGUGGGAGCGCUGCCCACUUGCGUCUGAAGCUCGUUCUUGCCAUUUCUGUGCUGUACCUCCUUUUCAGACCUUGGUUAUCCUGGAAAGGUUAUAACGCCAGCAGCGACGAUCAUGCACUGGGGCUGAACUCGACCGCAGGUUCGCUCUACGAGGACAUACACAUGAGCAUGACAAGCUUAACGGGGUUCCUGAAUGGAUUGAAGGUGGAUACAGAAUCAGAGAUCAUACAUGUCGUUCCGGCUGUACUUAUUGGUGAGCGUGUUCCUAACUGCGGUUUGCCCGAGCCAUGUGCCAAUGAUUCCUUUGCUGUCCACAUCUUUACUGGGAAAGAUCACCAUGACCAGCCAAGGCUGUGCGUCGAUGGAAAGUAUAUCCUUGGAGCCAACUUGAACAGUGGUGGGCGUGGCAUGAACGUGGCAGUCAUCGACAGCGUCACACGUUUCGUGCAGCAUGUCAGCCACUUUGACACGUAUGAAGAAGACUCGUCUCAGCUUGAAACACUACUUUUAAACCUGAGGCAAGGAGACAUCUUGAUUCUGCUUACAUUUGAUGAACCUACACGCAAGCUUUCGCAGAUCGCUCGGCUCCUUCUCCAUGAACUUGGCAGUGCAAUGGCACAGAACCUGCAUUACCGCUCCUCGUGGUACUUCAUCACUCAGAAAGGCAUAUCUGGGUUCUCACCUUACGAAGACCUGCACUUCGUAGAAGCGAAAGGCUGGGCUGUCCCCCAUGACACUCGAUUCUGCAUACCGUUUCAGAUGUCCGGAAGGAGUAUUCACCCAGACCCUAGGCCUCAGGAGAACCUGGCAAGAAGACAUUUCUGCAAAAAAUACCAGCACUUUUCUUCAUUCUGUUCAGGGGACGUGGUGGACAACUCACUUUCACCUAACCCUAGCGUGAGGUAUCCAAGCAGCAAGAUCUUUUCAACACCUGUGAUUGUAAUGAGCGGGGAAGACGUACGUCAUUUGCCUUUGACACUGGAGACUCUCGUGAUGCAGCCUGGGAUAAAACCACAUCGUGUUGUUGUGUUCUACUUGCCCGAGAACCCAGAGGUAAAAGAACUCUGUGACCUUUUUGAGUUUGCGGCGGAGCAGAUAGACACUGCUAAAAUUGGCAAACCAUGUGAUCAAUUCACUGAAGCAUUUGAACUUGCAAAACGGCUGUUUCCAGAUGCAGUGCAUUUUGUGGUGAUUGAAGAAGGUGUUUUGCUCGGACCAGACUUCCUGGCUUACAUCGGUCAGCUUCUUCCACUGCUGGAAAUGGAUUCGACCAUAAGCAGCAUUUCAGCAUGGAAUGACAAUGGAUUUCAGGGCGUCUCGGGGAAUAACAAAAGAUUGUUUCGCGUUGAGAGCCUGACUGGCAUGGGCUUUCUGGUGCGAAGGGGCUUUCCCGCUGCGACCUGGUGUGAGCGUCGCUUUGUUCUUGAAGGCUCACCCAGCGGUGGUGAUACAAUAUCACCAGAUGUCUCCCGAGUGAUGCGAAUCUCGGAUCUCGUUUACGACGACGAGACCCCAUUCUCGGAGGCCAUUGGAGCACUGCUGUCACAGGAGAGAGUCACAGACAUGGAACUGGGAGUUACUAUUGGAGGUGUGGAAACUCUUGAACGUUCACACUAUGAGAAGGUGCUGCAUGGAAUGCUAAGCACUUGUGAGACAUGGGUGCUUAUUCAGCGGUACCUCACACUGUGCAGCACUGGAUCGUGGCUUCCGCACCUGUCCAGUUCUACGGCAUCAAACAGGCCUCCAAUCAGCAUCUUCUUUCACCAAGCCUCAAAGGAUGACUUUGAAACAUUGCGCGCCCUUUGCUCUUGUUUCGGCUUGUAUCACCACCCAAAGUUUUCACCUAGAGGCCUGUAUCGUGGAAUGCUAAGGUUCACUUGGAAAGGGCGGGACAUGUUCCUAAUUGGACGUUACUCACCAUACUACAAGUACAAGCCAAAAAAUACGAGCCCUGUGUCACUGCGCAUUGCUACCUCGGGAUAAGUCACUCUCUAUGAAGCACGAAGGAUAAUAUACGAAAUAAAGUAUGUUCUGCAGCAAACGAAGUAGAUUUGAUUAUUAAACAGCUCUGUCUUUGGC